AACCCAAGGAAAGCUUACACAGUAUCAGCACCACAGGAAGAAAAACAAUCAAAAAAUCUUACAUCCUGUGGACCAAAAACAACAUGGAAAGGUAAUUCAACGAAGAGGAGGAGCAAAAAAUAAAUUAUUAGAAAAAGGGAUGGAAACACCAUCAUCACUUGUCAUCGAUCUACUGACAAGCAUAAGCAACUGUUAUUACUGCAGGAAAAUACACAAAGAAGGCUGUCAGUCAAGUCCCUGACAACAGAAGUUAUUAUUUCUUUCCCAUGUACCUCCCAACCUAGAUCUCUCCAUCCGGUCCAUCUCUGUCUUCUCUGGGCUACUGGGUUAGUAGGGUUUAAAUGCAAUCUUUUGCAUAACUUAUUCCAGUUUGAUAAUAGCAUGCAAUACAUACAUGUACAUUUUGUAUUAUUUGCUGUAUGCUGGAAUUGGUUCUUGGUCUCUAAAUAAUUAGUUAUGGAAAAUGGAGAAAUCUCUCAUGAACUCAUCUUACCAGCAGCAGCCAGAGGUGGAUCCAGAAAAUUCAGAAAAGGGUGGCUGGGACACUUACCCACUUGCCAGGUGUGUAGAAACGUUUAAUUAUUCCGAGAGUUCUAUAAAAAUGAUACAAAAUAAUUUCAAGGAAAAAAGGCCCCCUUUGGCCCACCCCUAAAUCCGCCCUUACUGUUGCUUAAUGUUACAGCUCCUUUGUUACUGAGAAGAAGCUGAUAGGUGCCUGAAUCAGGGUGAGAUGAAAAUUAAAACUCAUUGCCCUUUGGGCAAACUGUUGCUGAAGUUUAGCAGCCAUGGUACAGCAUUCAUGCUGGUCAACCAACCCCUUCUCUGUAGCAUUUCAGAUUACUCUUUAUCUUGGCAAAUGCUGCUUACUCAAUUGACACCUCAUGAGUUGCUUCACUAGCCCUGGGCUAUCAGAUAGUACUUUUGUUGCACUCUGUUAAUGCUGUGCCAAAUUGGUGACAGAGUGUUGAAAAAAUUUGUGAAAAAUUGUGUUUUGAUGAAUUUGUACUUUAAAAACUACGAAAUCUGUAGAUUAAAUAAAAAUACAAAAUACACUGUAUGCCAUUGGCCAAUGUAAUUAAUCCAUAAGGUUAAGUCACAACAAUUAUUUAAAACAUCUACAAAACAAACUGAAUGUUCAAUGUGUCUGCUACUCAGCUUUUGAAACAUCAUGUACAAUUCUUUCUAACUUUCUAAACUUGUUGUAAAUUGCUAUACCAUAAAUUUUCAAUUAAUCUAUUAAAAUCUCAUUCUAGAAAAAUCACGUAAAUUGACAACACUGUACCCUCCUAAAUGUAAAUUUCUGACUCCCUUUAAAAUAAAUGGCAAAACAAAAGGAACAAAAUAUUUUCAGCAAUCUGUUCAAGAUGCAAGAAUAAUUCAAGCUGAAAAUAAUAAUACUAGCCUCACUGAGUUUUCAAAUAACAAAAUAUUCAUGAUUUUUCAUGUCUUCAUUAACGAUGAAAGUUUCAUUUUUAUUUGCACUUACACUGUAGGUGUAAAAAGUACCGCUUAACAACACAGGAACAUUUUCGUAAUAACCGGUAGUUUCACUAUAUACAAAUUUAUGUACGUGGAUUUUUCCAUAUGUCAUGACACUGUGCCCCUUCAGAUCAAAAUAGAGAGCUGUAGCAACAACAACUGCAACAGCAAUAAAGACAUCAAAAAAGCAAAAUACAUUAAUUUUAUACUUCUCCUAGGCCAAACAAGAAGACACACUUUUUUGACAUCACUGCAUAAAAGCCGCAUAAAAUUCCCUCUGUUAGUGGACUUUUUAUGGAGGACGUAAACACACAAAAAAUGGAUUUCUCUUUCUCCUACUAAACUACAGUCGUACCUCUCGGCACGGACACCUCUCCUAUGUUACGGACAGUUUCCAAUGUCCUGACAAAAUUCUCCUAUAUUGACCUUAAAAAUAUACUUCUAUAAUAUGGACUCUCUCUAAUACGGACAACGGACACUAAAUUUUGGCCCCAGAGAGUAAAUUCAAUAAACUUAACCUCUUUAUUACGGACGCUCUAGUAAUCAGGUGAAUUCCGAAUCUCGAUCAGGUGAAUUUGCAUGGGUAGAUCCCAUCUAGUCUGGCUGAUGAGCUAUGCAAGGUGACUUCAAAAGCCAAGUUGCUGUAUACCAAACAACUUUUUGAAGGCUUCAAUAACUACAGAUACCAUGAAGAUCUUUUCCAUUACAUUUUGUACUCUAGUUACUGUUUACUACUUGCAAAAUAGCGAAAGGCACUUUCAGAAUUGUGCUUUACGUUACAACUUUUUACAUCCAGCAUUGUGCUGUAGCUCUUUUGAUCUUAAAACAGUGAUAUGUCUACGACUGUAUACGUAUGUAGAGCUCUGAUAUGUACAAUUUUGUACGCUACUGAAAGACAGUGUCUUAGUACUGUGAAUUAAUAAACUUCAGUGAGCUUCAAUGCAGUUUCAAGACAAGUGUAAGCCUGGUUUUAGCUAGUGAACACUUAAAACUGUAAGUGGAGUCACAAAAGUGAUGUCAUCGUAGUGACUUCUUUUGUAUGGACACCUCUCUAAUUCGGACACUUUCCCCGCUCUGUCCCUUCGGUGUCCGUAUUAGAGAGGUGCAACUGUAAUGGGUUCGAUUCCAAGAAAUCAAUUUCAAGAAACUUAACCUACUCUCUGACAUUUAAAGCAACUGAGUUGAAAUAAUAUUGCAAAGAAAGUUUAAAACCUACUUCUACCACAAAACAUCUUAAAAACAAGGGUUAUUUGUUGCCUGACUCACAACUUACAGUUGACUGUGAUUGAGUAAACUGUAAUGUGUAGUUCCAGAAAACAUCCAUAAUACCCCCCCCGACCAACCCCACCCCUUUGCAGGGCACUUUUACUUUAGACCACCCACACCCCUAUAAUUUCCAUUCUAGGGGAUGCUUGUCAUACACACCACGCCACAGAAUUUUCUGUUAUCUAACUUAGUUGAGACCCCCCCUGAAGAGAAUAUUUAUUUCAUCAAAAAUGCUGUUGCACUAUACUUUUAAUGUGAAAGAUAAUUGCAUGUUUUCUGUGAUAAAGAGAGGAAAAAUCUUUUUAUUCAUCUUAAAACAGUGUCUAAUGUUCUCAGUUUUGCCUUGCAUGUAAAGGUCUUUCUUUGUUCAUUACUAACAGUGAGUAGAGGUGUAUGUCACAGAGAACCAAGGACACAAUACCUUAUGAGAGACAUAAUAAACUGGACAAAACUGUUCUGGAUUGACGUUUUAUCAUACAACAAUAAAACAAGCCAUUAUAAGGACCCUUAAUGAUAUUUUUGUCCUUUAAAACAAUAGUAAAUUCCACAUGUAAUGGAAUAAUAUUUUCAUGUUGAUCACACAAGAAGGAAUUGCGUUACGGCGUAUCAAACCUUGGUAACAAAAUCACCAAGGUACACAAAAUCAUGUAAUUUUUAAGAAAAACAAAUCACAAGUUUUUCGAUGAAAAAGAAGCGUUGUCAUGUUAGAAUGUUGUCUCCAAAUAAAUCUUGCUGCAAAGAUAACUUGGAUCGAGUCAUUUACGUGCAGCAGCAUAAUUAUCCUUUGAUAAAUCAGCAGUUAAGAGAGUCAAAAAAGAUUCAAGCUGCGAUACAUAUAUACAUGUAUAUGCUACCACUGAAGGGCCACGAGGCAAAUCCACAGAGUUGUUUGAAUCAACCUGUUGUGCAACACAACGUGAGACUAAAUGGCAAGCCCCUGAGAGAAAAGCCAAGAAAUAUAGUCCAGCAACUAUUAGAGAGGCCCACAUAGCAGUGUCAGAAGUUCUUGGCCGACUCUGCUUUAACACAGCAGCAUUUCGUGGCUGCUAGCAUGGAACAGAGCGUCAGCAACAGGCUGCCAUCUUCAAAACAGAUGGAAGACCGACCUAGUGGCAAGAAGAGUUUUAAGAUGACGCAAGUCUGAAGAAAGGGCUAUAUUUGAGUGGUCAAAUAAGUUGUAGACUGUCCUUAAGUUUUCCUUGUGCUUUCCCGUUGAAUGCUUUUUGAAACAUCCACAAAAACGUCACGAUAUUCUUAACACAAUAACCCGUCAUUUUUUUAUUCAUUUUUUUUUCUUAAAAACAAUGUGAUUUUUGCAUCCCUUUGUGAUUUUGUUACUGUGUUUGGAUACGCUGUAAUGCAAGUCCUCCUUGCACAAUCAAAUUUUCCAAUGUGUGGAAUUUGAUAAACUUCAAAAGAGGAAAAUAUAAUUGAGGUUUCUUGGCUUGUUAUAUUUUUGUAUAAUGUAACAUCAAUCCAGAACAGUUUUGCCCAGUGUACUAUGAGAGCAUCUAUGAAAGAACCAGUAAACAGUUAAGAACAACUUAAAAGAAGGCUAAUAGAAUAUGACCAUAACACAGUGAAUACCACAAUCAUAUUGUGAAAUAUAAAGCAAUGAGCUGGAUGACCAGCAUUAUUCAUGAGCCGAUAUGACAUUCAUAUUAGAUAUAUGUAGACUAUAUCAUACAGGUAAGCUGUAAAAAAAGUAUUCAGCUAUAACUGUUAAUGUAAGAUCAUCAAUAAAAACAAUAAUUCUUGUUUCAUUCAAAGUCCCUGGAAAAAAGACCUUGAGAAUCUGACCCCACCCCCUUGGAAAUUGCCUCCUCUUGGACCCCCUUCCCACUGGAAUUUCUGAUGCGCUCCGUGGGGGGAAGUAUAUAAACCACAUCCUGGUGUGGAGGGUAACAGUUUCCAUUUUCUCAUAAACCUAUGCAGGUAUACAUGUAAUAGCUCCUGAAGUCACUGCAAGUUUUUCCUUAAACUUUUUAAACAGUUUUAAUAUUGUUGUUAAAUGUACAUCUAUUUUCUGCUGACACUAAACAUGAAAGGCACUUUAAAAUAACCUCAGUGAAUUGGUAAUGAUCAAAUGUAAACACAGCACUGGUUUAUUCAUUAAAAGUUCUUACAUGAAUCAAGUGAACUCACUCACUUCAAUUCCUCAUGAACCUAUUGUUGUGGUGCAUAAAGCUACCAUGGUGGCCAAUCAUUUACAUAAAACUGGUGAAUGAGGUACAGUAACACCAGAAAAUAAGAAACUACUUUUUUUGAAGUCUGGCAAAAUAGGUUCUUGUAUUUUGGGGUACUUAAUGGCAAUUUAGGCUAUGUAGGUUCUUGAUUAGGUUCUUAGUUUUUACGUAUGAAGGAGAUAGAUUGUUGAUUUAAAAUCACAAAAAUAAAUUUUAAACUUUUUAAAGUUAUUCAUAAUAAUUGUAUUAUGUCAUAGAGUGGUUUUCAUUUGAGUGUCGAAAAGUAAUUGGUUUUGCACUUUCUACACGAUGCGAUUGGCUUAAAAGAUUCGCGCCACCUUUUCAUCCCAUCAGAAGUAAAACCAAAGCCAAUUGUGAUGCGCUCGCAUGCAUUUUCCCGCGCUUUGCGUCAACCACAUGUAAUUACUUCGAGUUUUGAUUGGUUCAAUGUAUUGUCUGUGUCCUAUGUGAUUGGCCAGAGUAAAUUACUUUGGUUUUGGUUUUAUGACACUCAAACGAAAACCACUCUAUUACCCUAACAAAACUGAUGACCAAAUUUCUUGUUAGUCUCAAUUGCAGAUUCAGAAUCUGUAAGCCAUGUUUUGUUCCUUGUAAUUAGUCCACAAAAGAGAAGACAUGGUCCCUCCAGGGUUGA